CUCCAUCCACCCUCAUCUAUCUUUUUUGCUGCCCAUCUCCCUCUUCCAAGUGAUCUAUGUGUUGACACUCUUCAUCCACUUUCACAGUGGUCGUCGAUGUCGCCUCCAGACAAUGAGUGGUGAUGUCUAGGGCGCAUCCCACAAAAAGAUAAUAGCGGGAGGAGGGGAGGAGGAGGCGCGUAAUUUUUCAUCAAGGGGAAUUUGUCGCCGCCGUAAAAUCACUUCGUCGGCGGUCUCUCUCUUGUUGGAGGCAACACAUUUGGCACAUCCUCUUAGUGAUGGCGCUAGCGAGUUGACUCAUUUGGUUGACGAAGAAGAAAAGAAGGUGGGAUCUCCAUGCACUAGCAAAAUCGACUAGAAGUUAAAAGUUAUGGUCCCCACCAUACCGUAUGAAUUGCACCCUGGGAUCCUGGAGCACAUCCCGCCAAGUCCGCAGACAAUCGCCCACGCCUCCGUCGUUUGCAAAGCAUGGUGCCGCAUAGUGUAUGCUCCUGGUUUCCUCCACCGGUGCCAUGCACGCCAUGUUGUACCAGUGGUCAUGGGCUUCUUCCACAACUCCAAUACACUUCCCCGCCCGUUCGUACAGAUCAACGACACCACUAGCUUAUCCUUUCGUUUUCCUAAUGAUGGCAAUUACUCAUGGACGUUUAUGGAUUGCCGUCACGGCCGUGUCCUCCUCCGUAACGGCCGUUGGUUCCUCGUGUGGCACCCAAUGACUGGCCACUACCGCCUAAUCAAUGCCGAAUCUAGUCGCUGGGAGGAGUACACCGAGAAGAAUAGCAAUGCUGCGUUGCUCUGUGUGGUUGAUGACAACGAUGGCCACCAAGUUUGCUGCCAACAACCCACAAGUCCAUUUCGUGUGGCCCUUGUCCACAAUGAUUCUCAGGGUCGUGUUCAUGCCGGCGUCUACUCCUCACUUACUGGCCAGUGGAGCCUGCCGCCCACGCCGGUGGAUCUCCCGUUGUUGUGUGACAUCCGUGUGGAGCCAUGUGUCAUCAUCUUUAACACUAUGUACCAACCUCUCAAUGACUACCAUGUGUUGGCCUACGACAUGGACAAGAGCACUCUCACUGUGUUCGAGCGGCCGAAUGGAGGAAAUGCCCGUCUAAUGAAGGUUGAUGGUGGUGGACGACUCGGCCUUGCCUCCAUGGAGGACCUCACAUUGCGUAUGUGGGCUCGGGGAGCCUACAGUGGUUGGGUACUACGCACCUCGGUUGAUCUGGGGGAGGCCAUUGCAUGCUUGUCAAAGGUCACAUUACCUAAGGUAGACUCUAGCUUCCUGGUGAUGCCGCGGGUGAAGAUCAUCGGGAGCACCGAGGAGGGAGACGCGCUAUUUUUGUGGACCAUGGUCGGUAUAUUCAUUCUAUGUCCUAAAACCAUGGAGUUCAAGAAGGUGCAUGAGGCCGUUAAGGACAUGGAGAUUGUGUACCCAUAUACUGCCUUCCCCACUGCUGCCAGCUGGUAAUUAUAUGCACCUCAAUGCAUGCCUAAGCACUUAUGAUAUUCCCUCUGUUGCCCGAGAUCGGCAUAUAAUGUGUUAGUUGCAAGCAUUUUGGCCGGUACUUGCAGUUUUUUAUUGCGCAACUAGUACUCAAGUCCGAGUAUGAGUAGCAAGUUUACUAUCAGUGCAUCAAGCUAGUCUUUUAUUUUCUAUCCGUGAGAUGUUUUUCCUUGUUUAUUUUAAUGGAAAGGGACAAAACUUGAUUGAGAAAAGGUUGGAUGAGACCCUUCCCAUUUUAUUAUUUGAUCCCAUGUACUAUAUGUGUGAGCAACAUUACAUCAUGGAUACUUUUCAAA